AUGACAGCCGAAAAAGAACUACUAGCGUGCAACUUUUCGCACCUGUUCUCAGACGAAACGCGGCGGAGGAAGUCGUCUCCAAUUAAAACCACGAUGGCCUACUUCCAGGACCCUAACAUCGUCUUCCUGGGUGCCGGUAUGCCUCCAUCGGAGCUAUUCCCCCUCGAGUCUAUUACCAUUGAAAUGCCCAAGCCUCCCUUUACAAGCGCGGCUGGCAAGCGGGCGGACUGUUUGAAGGGGACGAUCAUGAAGGAGCAUGAAGACUUGGUUUUCGAAAACGAUGUCCCGCUGGCUCGGGCGUUGCAGUACGGGAACUCACGUGGCCAGAAAGAGCUUUUGGCGUUUCUAAAAGAGCACGUGUCGCUGUUCCACCGCAUUCUUUACAAGGACUGGGACAUCAUCACAACCACGGGCUCUACGCAAGGAUGGGACGCCUCUCUUCGGAUUUUCUGUAACAAGGGUGAUACCGUGCUGUUGGAGGACUACACAUAUUCGUCUUCUGUGGAAGCUGCCGACGCCCAAGGGCUCAACUGUGUCCCGAUGCCGCUUGACGGCGAGGGAAUCGUCCCCUCUAAGUUGGAAGAGAUGCUUGCCAACUGGUCGUCGCUAUAUGGCGAGAUGCCAAUGCCCAAGCUGCUUUAUACCAUUCCUACAGGCCAGAACCCCACGGGAUGCACCCUGAGCGACAACAGGAAACCCCACAUCUACCGUUUGGCCCAGCAAUACGAUAUCAUAAUCAUCGAGGAUGACCCAUACUACUUUUUGCAGAUGGAUCCCUACGUGUCCGAGGAUGCGCGGUUAGAGACCGCGGAAGCGAGCACCAUGUCUCAAGCAACUUUUAUGAACUCGUUAAACAGGUCGUUUUUGGAGCUUGACACUGACGGAAGGGUUGUUAGACUUGAAUCAGUCUCUAAGACGUUCGCGCCAGGCUGUCGUAUGGGAUGGCUGGUCGGGUCCAAGCACCUCCUGGACAAUUACUGGAACUUACAUGAGGUAUCCAUACAGUCCACAUGUGGUUUCGCCCAAACUAUACUAAGCGGAAUUCUGAACAGAUGGGGUCAGGAUGGCUACAUUGACUGGUUAAUGCGUAUUCGCCGUCAAUAUACAGGCAAGCGUAAUACAUGUCUGGACAACUGUUACAAGUACCUCCCUGCGGAAAUUGUGUCAGUGCCUCCCGUUACUGCCGGUAUGUUCUUUAUGGUGUUCAUUGACGCUGAGAAGCAUCCGGAGUUCCACAACACAUUCAAAGGCGACGUGCUUUUGUUAGAAAAUCACAUCUACCAAAAGUGUGUGUCUGCGGGAGUUCUAAUCACCUGCAGCUCGUGGUUUAAGGUGAACGAUCCAAAACCAAGCUGUGGAAAAUCAGCGGAUAACACGUUGGCGUUCAGAGGCACCUUUGCCUCGGUCGAGCCUGAGGCUAUGGCAAGGGGCUUACAAAUUUUUGGAGAAACUUUGAAGCAGGAAUUUAAGUUGGUGUAA